UAUUCGCUUUUAUGACGAGUUAACCGUCUUCAUUUUCCCGCGGAUGAAAUUAACAUUUUCAUCGAUCAGGUCCUUGUGAUAUUCCGCAUGCGCAAGCUAAAUGUAUGCAUCUGACUAGUUAUAUUGUUAUUUGUAAGUUCCUUUUUGCCGUUUGGUUUUAUUAAGAAUUAAACUGUUUAAAACAUCAGUCUUAUGGCACCAGGUUUUCAACCUACUCUACAGCCCUGUACUAUCGAAAUAAGAGUGCCUUUUGAGGAUUAUCAUUCCUUUGCAUCUUUGUGAAGAGAAAGGAGAGCAAUUAUGAGCGUUGUUGCAAAGGGCUGCUUGGCCUGGUUUGAAGUGAGCCGGGUUAACCCACUGCUCACUGGAUCCACUCAAUCCAGUCCAAGUAGCAGAAGGAUGACGAAGCAAAGAGAUGACCAAUCAGGAGCUGCUGCCCUUUGGAGACAAACCAUUCGACUUGUAGCACACUCCAGCAUCUGCAUCAAGUCUGAAAGCAGAGCCUUAACUUUAGCAGAAUCCACUAAAAGACUGCUUCAACUCCAUCCUUGCUCCAUUCAACUUGGACGCACAAAAUAACCUUUUACUGACAAAAAGGAGUUAACACGCCCGCGCUUUCUGCUCGGAAGAAUUACCCUCUUCAUGAAAAAGACAAGUAUUUCGCCUUUAAGAGUUUUGCUCCCCCCAGUUGAAGUUUUAUAAUGACCAUGACUACGAUAGCUGACGGUUUGGAAGCCCCGGACUCUAAAUCUGCUUUCAUGGAGUUUGGCCAGCAAUCCCAGCAGAGCUCUCCGGUCAUGUCUCACGGUCACUACCCGGUGCAUUGCCUGCACUCAGGAGGACACUCACACCAGCACGACAGCUCGUAUCCGGCCGCCAACACUUACAACAGAUCUUUACCUUAUCCCUACAUGAGUCACUCUCAUCAUAGUCCCUACCUGCCGUCCUACCACAGCAACACCACUGGCAGCCAGACACGUUUAGACGAGACAGAACAACAAAAGACAACAGUGAUUGAAAAUGGGGAGAUCCGCUUUAAUGGGAAAGGGAAAAAGAUCCGCAAGCCUCGCACUAUUUAUUCCAGUCUGCAGCUGCAAGCGUUAAAUCAUCGUUUCCAGCAGACUCAAUACCUGGCUUUACCAGAGAGAGCUGAGCUGGCCGCGUCGCUGGGGCUCACACAGACACAGGUGAAGAUCUGGUUCCAGAACAAACGCUCAAAGUUCAAGAAAUUGAUGAAGCAGGGCGGGAAUCCACUUGAGAAUGAUUCUGUGCCAGGUUCGGCUGCUCUCUCCCCUCGUUCUCCGGCUAUGCCACCAGUGUGGGACAUCUCAGCUUCGGCCAAAGGUGUUAACAUGGCUCCGAACAAUUAUAUGGCUGGUUAUUCCCCCUGGUACUCCACGACCCACCAGGAGACAGUGCAAAGGCAAAUGAUGUGACAGUCCAAGGCCAGUAACUCACUUUGGACAGAACACAAUGGGGUAAGAGGGAGCCCGUUGUUUGGCAAUGCCCAGGUGCCCCGCGACCAUUUCGGAUGGGAGAUCUAGCAACGAUUUUCAGUUGCUAAGUGCUAUGUUAAAACAAACUGGUAGUAGGCGGAAAAGGAGAACUGGUCAGUGACUGUAGACAUUACAAGAGUCGCCACUGCAUAUCCAAUGACCACAAAUACGAAUGCAAAAUGGGAGAUUUGAUGCUGAUUUUAAAGCAGCAUGGUUUCGUGAUGCUGAGACGCACUGGAAGCUUAUAAAAUUACAACUUGUAUGUAUAUAUUGUUUAAUUUUCAGUUGUACAUAGUUUAUAUGUUUUAAGUCUCUUUCAUACUGAGUAAUAAAUCAUAAAAUCA